GGGGGACCCACGGAGGGGUGUGGGUGGCUGUACGGCCGUCACGGGGCGGGUGACGCCCCGCUGGCAGCGUCCCCUCGCCCAGCCCCCCCGUGGGCCGAGCCUGGCCCAGGUCCGGGACCGUAUCCGGCCUCUCCGCCGCCGCCACAUCCCGGCCCUGCGUGUCCCCAAGGCGUCUCCAAGGGGUCCCCGACGCUGCCACCACCUAUGGAGACCCCUGAGGCCACCGGGGCCAUCGUCCCCCCCGAGGUGUCCCCGGAGCUGCUGGAGCCGUUGGUGACUGUGGUGGCCAUCCUGGGCGAGCUGGGGGCCACGCCAGGGGACAUCCCCCUGGCCGGGUCACCGGGCUCGCUGCGGGCGAGGCUGGUGGCCCUCAUCGCCAACAUCCGCCGGGCCAUGGACCACCAUCACGGAGAUGCCACCCGCCUCCGUCGCGCCCUGGCCACCGCCGGGGCCACCAAGGCCACCGCUGGAGCCACCACCGUGGCCACCCUCGAGCCCGCUGUGGUCCCACCGGGGGAUUCCGCUGUCCCCAGGGCCACCGCAGGGGACGCCUGGGCCAUCGUGGCGACCAUCACCCGCGAGUGGCGGGAGGCCGUGGCCUCGGUGGCGGCCACCUGGGCCACGGUAGCGGGGGACGCCGCGCACCUGAGGGACGCCUGUGGGACCGCGGCCACCACAGGGGCCACCGCCGGGGUCACCAUGGGCCACCUGGCAGCGGCGAUGGCCCAGGAGGACAGGGCACGCCAGCAGCUGCUGGCGGCCACCCGGGCGCUGCCGGUGGCCUCAGAGUUGGCUACGAUGGCCGAGGUGGUGACAGCCCACAAGACACGGGUGUCUGAGGCCAGCGCGGGGCUGCAGGCGGCCACCGAGGCCACCGAGAAGAUGGCGGCGGCAAUGGUGGAGACGGCGGUGGCUGGGGAGAGGGGACGGCUGGCGGCGGUGGCCCACAAGCCCCUGGGACGCUUGGUGGCCGCCUGUCACCAGGCCACCCUCUUCUACUGUCACCUGCGGCGCCGCCUCGAGGACAUCGAGGCCACCGUGGCUGCUAUGGCUGCUGGACACGGUGGCCCUGAGGUUCCCGGAGUGGCCCAGGAGGGUCCCGGUUUCCCCGGGUCCACCAUGACCGUGCAAGGAGGUCCUGGUGUCCCCGAGGACCUGAUGGCAGCGGUGGCGGCGGCCGAGGCGUUGUGGGACGCUAGCGCCCGCCUGGCCAAAUGCCACCCUCUUGGGGACGCUGCCACCACCGUGGCCCAGCGCUGCCGGGACGCCACCGCCGCCCUCCCGGGGCUGCUGCCGCGGGGACCGCGGUAG